AUGUGUUCGUCGAAAAUUCCUUUCACUUUAUCAGCACCAUCAGCACCAUCAACACCAGCACCUAUUGCACAAAAGGUAGAGCUCAUUAGAGAGCAACUAUUCGAGAGAAACUCCUCUUUAAGAAAUGACAGCUCAAGCUUGGAUUUUCAUAUGGACAUGAAUCUCAACACUGGAAUUUAUCAAGAGUUUUUGGGUAAAAAUCAAAAAAUCAAUGCUGAUGAUUUGAAGUACCUUAAAGACUUGAUCAAUUCACAAGAUGUUAAAGGUUUACCAACUUACUCUUUCUUCUUGUCAAACAAAACUUCAACUAAUACCACUAAAAUCUUCAGAUACAUCGUAAGAUUCCAAAAAGGAGAUAAUCGUGCCACUGUUUUCUGGGAGACUGGAGCACCAGAUAAAUUACCAUCAUUCUGUUCUGUUUUAGAAGGAUAUUAUGACAAGUACAAAAAUUAUAUUGCCAUUUUCCCACAUGAUUUCAACCCAUUCCCAAAGCCAACAACUAAGUCCAAAUCCGGAAGUCAUAAGGAUGUUCAAAAAUCAAAGAAUCAUGAUAACCAAAAGAAACACAAGAAGGGAGAGAGACAUAAAAUGAAAAAGGUUUAA